AUGGCUGACAUGCAAAAUCUGGUAGAAAGAUUGGAGAGGGCAGUGGGCCGCCUGGAGGCAGUAUCCCAUACCUCUGACAUGCACUGUGGGUAUGGAGACAGUUCAUCAAAAGGGGCAAUUCCAUAUGUGCAAGCAUUUGACUCACUGCUUGCUGGUCCUGUGGGAGAGUACUUGAAGAUCAGUAAAGAAAUUGGGGGAGACGUGCAGAAACAUGCGGAGAUGGUCCACACAGGUCUGAAGCUGGAGCGAGCACUCUUGGUUACAGCCUCUCAGUGUCAGCAGCCAGCAGGUAAUAAGCUUUCUGAUUUGUUGGCACCCAUCUCAGAGCAGAUCCAAGAAGUGAUAACUUUUCAGGAGAAGAACCGAGGCAGCAAGUUGUUCAAUCACUUGUCAGCUGUCAGUGAAAGUAUCCAGGCCCUGGGCUGGGUGGCUAUGGCUCCCAAGCCUGGACCUUAUGUGAAAGAAAUGAACGAUGCUGCCAUGUUUUAUACAAACUGA